AUGGCACGCCGCUUCUGCCACGACGACUACACAGUAGGGUGGGUGAGCGCCUUGCCCAUCGAGCUCGCGGCAGCGCAAGAGAUGCUCGACGAACAGCACGAUGAUCUCCCCCGGGCCGGCGACGACCCCAAUAUAUACACUCUUGGGCGCAUUGGCAAGCAUAACGUCGUCCUUGCCUGCCUACCCGCAGGACGGACCGGCACUAAUUCCGCCGCCUCGGUCGCUGUACAGAUGAACUCAUCCUUCCGCGCCAUUCGUUUUGGACUGAUGGUUGGGAUCGGAGGUGGCAUUCCAAGCGAGCACGCUGAUAUUCGAUUAGGGGAUGUUGUGGUGAGCCAGCCGGGUAAAGGACACGGCGGAGUCAUCCAAUUUGAUUACGGAAAGUCAAAGCCGAACGAAUUUGAACGAACCGGCUUCCUGAAUUCCCCUCCUCCAAUCCUCCUCAGCGCCGUGUCGAAGCUGCAAGCGAAACACAGACGAAGCAAGAGCGAGUUUGUAUCACACAUCUCCAGACCCGGCAAGCAGUCUGAAUUCGACCGAGAUAAAGCGGGUGAUGACAUAUUGUUCGAAGAGGGCUACGAUCAUGUUGGGGCGGACACCUGCGCAUCAUGCGACAAGGCAAGGAUACUACAGCGCGAUGGGCGGACGACGGACACGCCUGAAGUGCACUACGGCGCAAUUGCCUCGGGAAACCAGGUAAUGAGGGACGGCACAACCAGAGCCAAGAUUAGCUCGGAGGUUGGAGGCGCCCUCUGCUUCGAGAUGGAGGCAGCGGGCCUGAUGAACAGCUUGCCAUGCCUGGUUAUCCGCGGGAUAUGCGACUACGCAGACUCGCAUAAGAACAAGAGGUGGCAGCCUUAUGCGGCUCUAACGGCAGCAGCGUACGCGAAGGAUUUGCUGGAAGUUAUACCGGCGGACGAUGUAGCGAAGGCACGUACGGCCGAGGGAGCAACAACAGCCAUAUUAACACGAUCCAGUGAGUCAGCGAAAGUUAAUAUAUAUGUCACAUUAACUUUAGCAGGAAUUCCCGGGCCCAACCUGCUAGAACGUUUGUCCAAUUACAACUACCAAAGACAUUAUAACCGUCGAGCGAGCGAAAGGCUGAAGGGCACAGCUGAAUGGGUCUUGAAGGAGCCGGAUUUUGAGUCAUGGCUCUAUAACGGACCAUCUCGGUGUUUGUGGUUAACCGGCAUCAGUGUAGCUUCUAUGACCCAAAAAACGUCUAUCGAAGCCCACAAGAUUGGCAAACCAGUCCUCCAUUACUUUUUCCAUCACUCCUACCGCCAACACCUUACUGCGCGCUCUUUGUUCGAGAGUUACACAAAGCAACUCCUUCAUCAUUUGCAGACGAUCCAAAAACCCUGCCCUCCUGCUGUUAUUGGUCAGAUUAUUGAGUUCUACGCGCCCAAAAAGCGUCCUCCAUCUCUGGAUGAGGUGAUAGACGAGCUGAUAACGCCGCUUUCGACGACCAUAAGUGAAUGUACUUUCAUCGUCGACGGGCUCGAUGAAUGUAAUACGAAAGAGGUUUCGGAGGUUCUAAGAAUAUUCAAAAAGCUUCUUAGUGCUCCCUCAAAUAGAGUGCUAAUUGCCUGUCGUGAGGAAGUUGAUAUCACAAGAUCAAUUUCGGACGUUGUUUGCAUCCGGAUCACUCCCGAAAGGACCAAGGCAGAUAUGGAGCUGUUCAUCGGGUGCGAAGUCGACAGCAUGCAGUGUGGACGUCAAAUAUCUGAGAGUGAAAAUAUGCUCACAUAUAUCAAGCAGGAAUUGAUGAAGAAAGCCGACCGCAUGUUUCUUUGGGCCAAACUUCAAAUACAGCUGCUUUGGAAUAACUGCUCUGGAGAAGACGCAGUUGAUGCCACGAUAUACAGAUCUCUUCAACAGCUGCCAGAGGAAUUGAACGACAUAUACCAAACUUGUUUUCAGAAGGCGAAUCAGGACAAAAGGACGCAGUCUCUUGCCAGCAGAGCUCUAAAGCUAGUAUGCGCUGCCAGGGAACCAUUUCAAGUCAGUCAACUUCAGGAAGCGUUAGUGGUCGAUCCUAAAACUGGUGCACUGAAGAGUGAUCCGAUACAAAAGGGUGCCCUCCUGGCGUGUUGUACUAGCUUCAUUUCAGUGGAUACCAGUGGUGGAGACGAGCUUGUUCUUUUGGCUCAUGCUUCAGUUCGCCAAUUCCUGCUUGCACUACCAGGAGACCACGGUUCUAUCGAGCUAGAACUGGGCGAACUUUGUGUUGCUCAUCUCUACCGAAGCAUGCCAAUCCAGGACCUCACCAUUCAUAGCCAAGCUUCCUCUCAUGUGCGUCUACCGGUACCGACCAAUAUUGGAUUAUCUGUCGCAAAAACCGUGUUUCCAUGGCUCUCUCGAUACCAAAACCGUCGAUCAUCCGGUAUCUCCGGGAUCCGCUCAGUGGCUCCAGCUCGGCAGGUCAACCUUGGCUUUGAUCGUAAAUCGUUCAUAUCUUAUGCGAAAGAACACUGGACUCCACUUACGCGACACAUCACCACGGAUUCCUCACACUAUUCCAAAUUUAGAGAUCUUGCGCUGUCGAAUAAUAACGCAUGGUGGAUUUUUCCCUGGCAGAGGCACUACCACUCGCACGCUUCGCAUGUUGCUUCGUUAUAUAGCUGGUCCAUUAUGAAUUCGCACUAUGGACUUUUAGCACUUGCGAUCGAUCAGCGGCGCGAGGUUAAUACGUCGAUAUACAGUCUUCCCUUGUACGAUUGGGCCGGAAAAAGAACUCUGUACCCAUUUCAAGCCGUUGCGGAGACGGGUGAUGUUGACGUGGCUACACUCUUGUUGACAAUACUCCCAGAGAAAGAGUUGGAAGUUGGAGAGCCGAGUCCUCGGUUGAUUGCGAUUCAAAGAGAUCAUAAGCGAAUGAGACGCUUCCUAUCCAAAGCUAGGUUGUCGCGCACGCUGGCGACACUCUCUGGCCAUUCCGACGCGGUCAACACCGUCGCAUUCUCGCCGGACGGCAGGCGACUCGCGUCGGGCUCGAGUGACCACACAGUCAGGCUGUGGGACAGCGAGUCAGGGGCGCUGCUGGUGACGCUCUCUGACCAUUUCUACUCGGUCUACACCGUCGCGUUUUCGCCGGACGGCAGGCGGCUCGCGUCGGGCUCGGGCGACAGCACGGUCAGGCUGUGGGAUAGCGAGUCAGGGGUGACACUCACAACGCUCUCUGGCCAUUCCUACGAGGUCAACGCCGUCGCAUUCUCGCCGGACGGCAGGCGGCUCGCGUCGGGCUCGAGCGACAACAUAGUCAAGCUAUGGGACAGUGAGUCAGGGGCGGCGCUCGCGACGCUCUCUGGCCAUUCUGAAGGGGUCAAUGUCGUCGCAUUCUCGCCGGACGGCUGGCGACUCGCGUCGGGCUCGAGUGACCACACAGCCAGGUUGUGGGAUAGCGAGUCAGGGGCAGCGCUCGCGACGCUCUCUGGCCAUUCUGACGGGGUAAACACCGUCGCGUUCUCGCCGGACGGCAGGCGACUCGCGUCGGGCUCGAGUGACCACACAGUCAGGCUGUGGGACAGCGAGUCAGGGGCGCUGCUGGCGAUACUCUUUGGUCAUUCUAAGUCGGUCCGCGUCGUCGCGUUCUCGGACGGCAGGCGACUCGCGUCGGGCUCGAGCGAUUACACAGUCAGGCUGUGGGACAGCGAGUCAGGGGCGCUGAUGGCGAUACUCUCUGGUCAUUCUAACUCGGUCCGCGCCGUCGCGUUCUCGGACGGCAGGCGACUCGCGUCGGUCUCGGGCGACACGGUCAGGCUGUGGGACAGCGACUCAGGGGCACUGCUGUCGACGCUCUCUGGCCAUUCCAGCAUGGUCAACACUGUCGUGUUCUCGCCGGACGGUAGGCGGCUCGCGUCGGGCUCGAGCGAUUACACCGUCAGGCUGUGGGACGUCGAGGAAUAG